CACCCAUAUCAGUCAGCUGCAGCCAUGCUCCGUCCUGCCAGCGGACUCCGUCUCAUUGCGCUCCUGCUGCUGCUGAGCAGGAGCAACUUAGCGGUUCAUAAUGACGCCACAGAGUCAGUCAAUAUUCAGCCGGUACCUGAUACUGAAGAGGAGCCGGCUAAUGAAGACACGAACCAUGCAAGGAACGGCGGGAGACGGCUAGCUGACGCUUUGCGUAAUGGCCCAGACCAGAGCCAGGUGGGCUGCAGGGAGCUGAGGUCCACAAAGUACAUCUCUGAUGGCCAGUGCACCAGUGUUAACCCUAUCAAGGAGCUGGUGUGUGCUGGGGAGUGUCUGCCAGCACACCUACUGCCCAACUGGAUUGGGGGUGGGAGUUAUACAGGGAGGCACUGGAGCCGCCGUGAUGUCCAGGAGUGGCGUUGUGUCAUUGACAGGACCCGGACCCAGCGGAUCCGGCUGCAAUGCCAGGAUGGCAGCUCCAGGACCUACAAGAUCACUGUGGUGACCUCCUGCAAGUGCAAGCGCUACUCCAGAAAGCUGAAUGACUCAGGACACAAGGACACAUCUGUCCACAGUAGUAAACAGAAGAAAAAUCAGAGGAAGGCUGGACUGCCUGAGGGGAGAGCUGGGAUGCAGUCGGACAACUAACAAAGGAAACAAAAAAAAAGCCACACCUGUUCUCAUAAUGAAGUUUAUGGAUGAAUUAUAAGUGAGCAAAUCAUGAUCAAAUAUUUCAGAGCCAGAACAGAUAGAGGUAAAAGUCAGUUGUGCAGAUUUGUGUCCAAAUGUAGAUCAUU